GUCUAGUAAAAUACUCCGUACAAGUAAUUACAACAAUUAACCUUUCACGCAUUAAGCAAUCCGACUAUCUGAGAACGUACAGUUUUGGAAUCUGAGUUGAAAAUUUUCUCCGCAAAAAAUGGAAGUAUAAACUCCUCCUUCAAUCUGAGUGCGUAGAGUUCAGAAAUAAUUGAUUCUUCCCCAAUUCUUUGUUAUCUGACAUAAUCAAGCAGUACAACCCUAAAUCCUCUCAAUUUUGAUCAGAUGAAGGAGGAGCCAGGUAGUAAUAAUAAAGGGAGGAGCUUUGAGGCUGACCCCAAUCUUCCUAAAUGGGUUUGCCAGAAUUGUCAUCAUUCUCUCUCCAUCGUCGGCGUCGUCGAUUCUUUCGGGUUACAGGGGUCAUCAAUUCAGGGGGCAGGCAGUGUAUUGGCUUCCUCACAAAUGGACCAUUCAUUUGUUGUGUUGCCAAAUCAAAAGAAUCAGUCGCCGGGUGCCCCUCCUCGGCCCCGUGGUGGUGGGGUCCAGCCAGAAACACCUCCUUCUGGAAAGAUGAUGGAUGAAUCAUUUGUGGUUUUGCCUCCAGCACCUGCGUCUGUAUACCGGAGUGAAUCCCAAGCAGAUGGUGGAACACAUGCACAAUCUGCUGAAGGCAGUACUAGUGACCAGUUAAACCCAGGGACUUCUGGGUUUCACUCAACUAUAACUGUUCUCAAACGUGCUUUCGAAAUUGCAACUGCACAGACCCAGGUGGAGCAACCAUUGUGCCUGGAGUGCAUGAGGGUUUUGUCAGAUAAGCUUGAUAAGGAGGUUGAAGAUGUCAACAAAGAUAUAAAAGCUUAUGAAGACUCUCUUCAGCGUUUGGAAGGUGAAGCUCGUGAUGUCCUUAGUGAGGCUGACUUUCUCAAGGAAAAAUUAAAGGUUGAGGAGGAAGAAAGGAAGCUUGAAGCUGCAAUUGAAGAAACAGAGAAGCAGUGCUCCAAAGUAAAUGCUGAACUGAAAGAAUUGGAGAUGAAAUCUAGCCGUUUUAAAGAGUUGGAGGAGAGGUAUUGGCAUGAGUUCAAUAAUUUCCAGUUUCAACUAAUAUCACAUCAGGAAGAAAGAGAUGCUAUAUUGGCAAAGAUUGAAGUAUCACAGGCACAUCUGGAUUUGUUGAAGCGCACCAACGUCUUAAAUGAUGCUUUCCCUAUAUGGCAUGAUGGAGAAUUUGGGACAGUCAAUAACUUCCGACUUGGACGACUCCCUAAAGUUCCGGUUGAAUGGGAUGAGAUAAAUGCUGCUUGGGGCCAAGCUUGUCUUCUUCUCCACACAAUGUGUCAAUAUUUUACUCCAAAAUUCCAUUACAGAAUUAAAAUACUUCCUAUGGGAAGUUAUCCUCGGAUUAUGGAUACAAGCAACAACACUUAUGACUUGUUUGGUCCCGUAAACCUGUUCUGGAGCACUCGGUAUGACAAAGCGAUGACACUGUUCUUAACAUGCUUGAGGGACUUUUCAGAAUUUGCACGGAUGAAGGAUCUGGAGAAUAACAUACCACCUGAUAAGUGUUUCAAGCUCCCAUAUAGAAUUGAGAAUGACAAAGUGGAAGCCUACUCAAUCACACAAAGUUUUAACAAGCCAGAGAACUGGACCAAAGCUCUCAAGUAUACUCUUUGCAACUUGAAAUGGGCACUCUACUGGUUUGUUGGGAACACUAGCUUUCAACCUCUCUCCGCUUCCUCCCAAGCUGAUGUUCCAGCUGCAGGCACUUCAUACGUAAAGCGCAGUAACAAUUCUAAGGCUGAUUCUCGAAACCCAUCUGGGCAAUGAUGCAGAUACUUGUGAUUUUCUUUUUCUUUUUUUUUUUUAGGAAUUCUUGUGGGUUGUCUACAUUUUGUACAGUAUAUUAAAAUGAAUCCUUAGACUAAUCAGCUUCCUAUGUAAUUUUGUACAGCUUUUAUAAUCUCACAUUGUAUCAAAUGAAAGAUUUUUUUUUACUUUUUUUUUUUUUUUUUUUGGGGAUCAUCUUUUCUGUAACUCGCUGUGUGAAUAUUUAUUAUUAGAAGAGAUGAGAAAUAUACAAGUAUUUGGCAAAUUGGCAUCCUCAA